GGGGGUAAAAGAGAGGUACAAUAAUGAAAAAAAAUUGAGAAAACUAGUUUAAACCUGAACUGUCCAAUAUAACAGUUAUUAGCCACCAGUGGCUAUUUAAAGGAAAUUGCAUGAUAUCAAAUACAUUCUCUCAGCCAUAGCUACUAUAUUGUACAGUUCUACUAUACGGUGUUGGUCUAAACAAUUCUGAGGCAUUUUACUAGGAUUAAUAUAUACUCUUCAAACAUCUCCAGACUCAAUUUAUAGCCCUUACUCGUUUCACUACUUGAUAUGUACACCAUCUUCUUUCCCUCCUGACACACAAUAAAAAUACUGGCUCUUUGGCCAGGUGCAGUGGUUCAUGCCUGUAAUCCCAGCACUUUGGGAGGCUGAGGCGGGCAGAUCACUUGAGGUCAGGAGUUCAAGACCAACCUGGCCAGCAUGGUGAAACCGUCUCUACUAAAAAUACAAAAAUUAGCCAGGUGCACACCUGUAAUCCCAGCUACUUGGGAGGAUGAAGUGGGAGAAUCGCUUGAACCCGGGAGGCAGAGGUUGCAAUGAGCCAAGAUCGCGCCACUGCACAGGAGACAGAGUGAGACUCCAUCUCAAAAACUAAACAGAAAUUGAUCACACUGAUUGACUGGAGCAGCUUUUAUAGAGUCCUUGGCUGAGCAGGGUAAAGUUUUAAAACUUCAAUGCAAAUUUUUACAAUUCUGUGUAACACCAAGUUUUCUCUGAUUAUGUGUGAAAAUCUGCUAGUGAUAGUUUAGUUUCAUCAGAUUGGAGACAGUCCUCUUGAGUUCUAAGGAGUUUUGUAAGGCAGUCACAUGUGUUUUAUUGUCAAGUAUUAUAAGAACCACAGAGGCUGGGUGCAGUGGCUCUUGCCUGUAAUCCCAAUACGUUGCAAGGACUGCUUGAACCCAGGAGUUUAAGAACAGCCUGGGCCACACAGGGAGACCCCAUCUCUACAGAAAACAAAACAAAAGAAAACCUUAGCCAAGUGUGAUGGCAUGCGCCUGUAGUCCCAGCUACUUGGGAGGCUGAAGUGGGAAGAUCACUUGAGCCCAGGACGUCAAGGCUGUAGCGAGCAGUGAUCAUACCACUGUACUCCAGAGGCUGGGUGACAGAGUGAGACCCUGUCUCAAAGAAAAAAAGAAUCAUACUGAGAAACAACAGAGUGCAGAGUUAAUCUACGAAAUGGGAGAAUAUAUUUGCAAAACAUGUAUCUGAUAAGGGCUUAAUACCCUAAACAUAUAAGGAACUCAAGCAACUCAACUGCAAGAAAACAAAUAAUCUAGUUUUUAAAAUGGGCAAAGGACCUAAAAAGACAUUUCUCAGAAGAAAAUAGACAAAUGGCUAAUAGGGGUGCGUGUGUGCGUGUGCGUGUGUGUGUGUGUGUAGCUCAACUAAUCAUCAGGGAAAUGAAAACUAAAACCACACUGAGAUACCACCUCACACUGUUAGAAUGGCUACUAUCAAAAAGACAAAGAUUGGUGUUAGGAUGUGGAGCAAUGGAACUCUUGCACACUGUUGGUGGGAAUGUAAAUCAGUACAGCCAUUAUGGAAAACGGUAUGGAGGCUGCUGAAAGUAUUAAAAAUAGAACUCCCAUUUGAUCCAAUGAUAUAGCCAAAGGAUAUGGAAUCAGUACGUGGAAGAGAUCUGCACUCACAUGUUCACUGCAGUAUUAUUCACAGUAACUGAAAUAUGGAAUCAACUUAAGUAUCCACCCAUGGACAAAUGGAUCAAGAAAAUGUAGUCGGUCAGGCACAGUGGCACACACCUGUAAUCCCGCAACGUUGGGAGGCCAAGACGGAACGACUGCUUGAGCCCAAGAGUUCGAGACCAGCCUAAGCAACAUGGUGAAACCCCAUCUCUAAAAAAAUUAAUACAGUAGUUGGGUGUGGUAUUGUGCACCUGUGGCCCCAACUACUUGGGAGGAUGAGGCAGCUGGGCCCUAAGGGAUCAGGAUCACUUGAGCCUGGGAGACCCAGGCUGUAGUGAGCUGUGUUCGAACCAUUGUACUCCAGCCUGGGCAACACAGUGAGACCCUGCCUGUAAAAAAACAAAAAAAAAUGUGGCAUAUAUGCACAGUGGAAUACCAGUCAGCCUUUUAAAAGAAAGAAAUUAUGUCAUUUGCCACGACGAGGAUGAACCUGGAGAACAUUACAUUAAGUGAAAUAAGCCUGGCACAGGAAAGACAAAUAGAGCAUAACCUUACUUAUCUGUGGAAUCUAAAGAAAACAAACUCAUAGAAACUGAGAGUAAAACGGUAGUAACCAGAACCUGAGGGUAGGGUGACUGGGGAGACAAUGGCCAAAGGACACAAAAUUUCAGUUAACCAGGAGAAAUAGGAGAUCUGUUGUACAUCAUGGUGACUAUGAUUAAUAACAGUGUACUGUAUACUUGAAAAUUGCUGAGACUAGAUUUUAAACAUUCACACCACAAAAAAAAAGGAAGUUAGGUAAUGCAAAUGUUAAAUAACUUGAUACAGCCAUUCUACAAUGUGUGUAUAUAUAUUUCAAAACAUCAUAUUGUACACCACAAACAUAUACCAUUUUUAUUUAUCAAUUAAAAAUUUUUACUUCUCAAGUUAAAAAAAAAAAAAAUUCUAGUUAACAGGCAUUUCACGGGGCUAGAUUUAUAUUCCUCAACAAUUUCCUUACGACCACUUCCAACAACAUCCCAAAGUAAAACAAAUUCAGUCAGGUAAAGGAUAAUCUGUCCCCACACUUGGAAUUUUUUAAUGCUCCAAAACAAGUGUAGUAAAUAAUGCAAAUCAUAACAUUAUGCCUGCUCAGGACAAAUGGAGAAAACUUAAACUUAACCUCUACCACCAUCCAUGGGAUACAAGCCCCAGAGUUCUCAAAUUAGGAAGCCCAGAGAAUGUGGUACGGCACUGCUACUAAGAAAGGAGAGAAGGGGAAGAGGCGAGGGAUGUUACACCAGGUGAAAGGCAAAUGUGUCCUCUUCUCUGCUAGUGGAGGAAGGGUGGAGACUAACGGAAGACAGACUGAACUAGAGUUGACCAAGACAAUGGGGCUCAACAGAAGGCAAGGUGAAUAGUCUCACUAAAAGCCAGGUGGCCUACCAGUUCCCAUCUGAACACAAGCUGUGGCCAAAGACUACAAAUGUCUAGGUUGCAUUUCUACCUCUCCUCCCCAGUACUACUUCUAUUCUCCAAUCAAAGGACCCCAACCAGGGCUCUCCCUGCUCAGUGGCCCACUCCUCAUACAUUUAAGAAAAGGACAUUAAGAAGGGAUGUCGGCUGGGCGCAGUGGCUCAUGCCUGUAAUCCCAACACUUUGGGAGGCAAAGGUGGGUGGAUCAUCUGAGGUUGGGAGUUUGAGACCAACCUGGCCAACAAUGGUGAAACCCCGUCUCUACUAAAAAUACAAAAAUUAGCCAGGUGUAGUGGCCCACACCUGUAAUCCCAGUCAUACAGGAGGCUGAAGCACAAGAAUCACUUGAACCCAAGGCCAGGCGCAGUGGCUCAAGCCUGUAAUCCCAGCACUUUGGGAGGCCUAGGCGGGCGGAUCACAAGGUCAGGAGAUCGAGACCAUCCUGGCUAACACGGUGAAACCCUGUCUCUACUAAAAAUACAAAAAAUUAGCCAGGCGUGGUGGCAGGCGCCUGUGGUCCCAGCUACUCGGGAGGCUGAGGCAGGAGAAUGGCAUGAACCUGGAAGCGGAGCUUGCAGUGAGCCAAGACCACGCCACUGCACUCCAGCCUGGGCAACAGAGCGAGACUCCGUCUCAAAAAAACAAUAAAUAAAUAAAAGAAUCACUUGAACCCAGGAGACAGAGGUUGCAGUGAGCUGAGAUUGCGCCAUUGCCCUCCAGCCUGGGCAAGAGUGAAACUCUGUUUCCGGAAAAACAAAAAAAAACAACAAAGAUCCAAGAGCCUUUCAGUUCAAAAGAUGAUCCAACUGACUGGAAGAGUGGUUGAAAGGUGAACUUUUUGCCACCCUCUCGCAACGACUCUCCACCCAACACCACACAGAGUUAAGAUCAAAGGAAUCAAAAACUUUGGCCAUAUAGCAUUUAUCUCUUGCUGACAUUAGAAAGGGGGAAGGGGGAAGUCACUCCUAGGGGCGUCAGACUGCCAACUCUUACCUAACAGCCUAAGUUUCUGCAGGCUUUUAAACCCUUAAUUGAGUCUUCCAAAUCAGAUACUAGGGACACAAGACAACCACCACAAGUCCAACAAUUUGUGAAAGGGCACAAGUUCAUUUUGUGGCUACCAUCCUCAGAACAGAUAUCCAAAGUAGAACGUGCUUCUAAGUGCAUCAGGCUUAAAAUAAGUGUCAUAUCACCCAAGUACACUAACAGAUUAGGCAUAACAUGUAACUAUUAGGACAUGUUAGGAAUUUAAUUCACAACCCCGUAUUCCCAUCAAAAACAUUUUUAAGCAAGAGUUUUAAACAUGUGUUAUGGAAGAAAAAAAAAACGGAGACAACAGUAUUAUAAACUCUCACAUUCUGUAAACAAAUUUUAAAUAAAAAAGACCAUGGGAUGUUUCCAAUGGGAAACUGCAAUAUUCAGAUUUAUACUCUAAGCUUUGGAACACAUCCUUCUGGGUUAUAUGAUUCUAGCCUUUCACUGCCCUUCAGCAACUCUAAGUUGUGUAGAACUGAUGGAAAUGCAAAUCACUCUUGUCUAUGGAUAUGUAAAUGAACUGUCUUGAUAAUCUUUCCCUGUGGAAAAGCCAGUUAUGUUCAUUUCGACAUUACUGACAUUACUACAUGUAUGUCUGCUCUUUGUUGUCCCCCUCUCCCUGAACUGGUUGUAACUGGUUGUCUUAUGAGUUAAAAUUUUUAACAUGUGUUCAUUUUAUAUUUAAAAUGAGUCAUGAUCUUACCUUUCUUGAAAACUAUCUUUUAACAAUAUCUCCACCUGAGUUUUGAGGGUGUUUCGAUCAUCUUCAGAAGGAAAAUAUAAUAUAUUUAGAAGAGAAUUUAAGGAGUGACAAGAGUCCUCAUAGUCUACAAAAUGGUUACACAAAGGUUGGUCAGAAUGCAAUGGCUUCCAGGGGUGAAGCCAAGGCAUUCAGGUCUGCUCCUUAUUCAUAUACAAAAACAACUCUGGUAUAAUAGACCAAAGAGACUCUCAGACGCUCUGGUUCAAAUCAGGGCUCUGAAACUUUAAAAGUAAUUGCGAAAACCACAAUUACUUUUGCACCAACUUAAUAUUAGCUGUACAAGUAAAAGUUCAGUUAUCUGGCCUCCUUCAAGCUUCUACUAAAUCCCUAAAUCUGUAAAAGGUGGAUGGUUUAAUUUUCUUGUGCUCCUGUGAAGAUAUGAGUACAAAGAUUGUAAGAUGCCAGAGACCAAUGCCUGGUAUGUUACCAAUAAGUGGUAUCUUAUUACCAUUCAGCAUAAUAUCUCACCACCUCUUGAAUUCCUGGAACCAAUGCUGGUUACUGACAAAAUGGAGUAAAACCCCUUAUUAACCUGCUACAACAUUCUCCAGCUCACAGUGCUAUAGAAUUCUUUCUUCUUUAGCCAGAGCAAUUACAGAACCUAUUUUAGCUUCCACUCUUGAAGAUAAGCCCCCCAAACUGAGGAAAUUUUCUACCAAUUAUAGAACUUAAAAUUGUAGGCUGGGUGCAGUGGUUCAUGCCUGUAAUCCCAGCACUUUGGGAGGCUGAGGUGGCCGGAUCACUUGAGGUCAGAAAUUUGAGACCUGCCUGGCCAACAUGAUGAAAACCCCAUCUCUACCAGAAAUACAAAAAUUAGCUGGGCGUGGUGGUGCACGCCUGUAGUGCCAGCUACUCAGGAGGCUAAGGUGGGAAAAUCGCUUGAACCCAGAAAGUGGGGGCUACAGUGAGCUGAGAUUGCACCACUGCACUCCAGCCUGGGUGACAGAGUGAGACCCUGACUCAAAACAAAAAACAAAAAACAAAAAAAAAAGUCACAUUGCCUUUCUUAACAUUUAAAUAUUAGGGGAAAUAGCGGCAGAGCUUUCAGGCUACCCUAACAAGCAAUCAGUUCCCAAAUGCUUUAUAGAAAAGAGUAGUAUAACGAUUUGCUUUAUGUUAAAAAAAAAAAUCAUUUACACUUGGAUUUUUUCAGGAAGAAAAAGAUGGGAGAUUUGCCUUCUUAAUUACUAUUUAUUACGUUUUUGGAUUUUUUCUUUAUAUAUUCAUUUGAUAGCAGAAAGAACGAAACUAUAAAUCACAGAGACAAUGCAGGAGAUGGGGACUGCACACUGGAUUACAGACCUGGCUCAUGAGGGGCAUUCACACAUAAACUGACAGAUGACUGAGCAACUGAUGAUCUACUUUUGUAACUGGCUUUCUUCCCCUCCCCCAUGACUCUCCAGUGUAUCCGGUGAGACAGGUUAUAAACUUAAACGCCUUCUGGAUACCUGAGAUCCUAGCUUAGUUUAAAAUCCAGUCCCAUUUCAAAAGACUGUCAGAUCUUGGGUUAGGCAAGGAUUUCUUAGAUAUGUUAAACAAAAAUGACAGGAGGCCACUGAUUUGGACUGAGCUCCUGCACUAGGCCUCAAGAGACUAGAUCAAACAAAACAGAGUCACUCGAGCUAAAGUUCCACGUCACCAAACGAAAAGUAAGUUGUGGGCUGGGUGUGGUGGCUCACACCAGUGCUGUAAUCCCAGCACUUUGGGAGGCCAAGGUGGGCGGAUCACAAGGUCAGGAGUUCAAAACCAGCCUGGUCAAUGUGGUGAAAACCCAUCUCUACUAAAAAUACAAAAAUUAGCUGGGCGUGGUGGCAGGCGCCUGUAGUCCCAGCUACUCAGGAGGCUGAGGCAGGAGAACAGCUUGAACCCAGAAGGCAAAGGUUGCAGUAAGCCAAGAUCGCGCCACUGCACUCCAGCCUGGGUGAUAGAGUGAGACUCCGUCUCAAAAAAAAAAAAGAAAAAAGGAAAAAAGAAAAGUAAGUUGUUUAUCUGACCUUCUAAAAAAUCAAGAGAGACAGAAUACCCAAACAAGCCAGUUUUAGCAGGCAUGAUAAGGAACUACCCUCUGCUUUAAUCAUUACAAAAAAGUAACCUGAUGUUAACCAAUCAGUUAUCUUUCAAUUACUGUUUCAUUGUUCCCACCUUACAAAGCCCAUUCUUCUGCUACUGCCCAUUGGGAGUUUUCAUCCUAUUUUGUAGAAUGGAGGCUGCCCUCAUUCGCGAAUUGCAAAUAAAAGCCAAUUAAGAUCUUUAAAUGUGUUGUAAUUUUGUCUUUUAACAGAUAUCACAUCAAAAGCACAAUCCCUAGAAGGAUCGACAAAUUGGACUUCAUCAACACUAAGAGCUUCUGCUCUUCCAAAAACACUAUUAAUAGAAUGGAAAGACACAGACUGAGAGAAAAUAUUUGGAAAUCACAUAUCUGACAAAAAGACUUGUAAUCAGAAUAUACAAAGAACUCUCAAACACAGUAAGAAAAAAGCCAACCCAAUAAAAUAAGUGGGCAAAAGAUCUAACAGAUACUUCACCAAAGAAUAAGCAGGUUAAAACAUGUCUGUUCAACAUUGCUAAUCUUUAGGGAAAUACAAAUUAAAAACAUAAUGAGACACCAUCACAUACCUAUUAGAAAGGCUAAAAAUUUUUUAAAUGACCAUGCUGUGUUGGCAAGGAUAUGGAGCAGAUGGAACUCCCGUACACUGCUGGUAAGAAUGUGAAAUGGAAAAACCAUUUUAAAAGUUAGAUAUAUACUUCGGGGUGAUGAAAAUGUUCUGGGCCAGGUGUGGUGGCUCAUGCCUGUAAUCCCAGCACUCUGGGAAGCUGAGACAGGCAAAUCACUUCAGCCCAGAGUUUGAAGAAAUCCUGGGCAACAUGGCAAGACUCUGUCUCUACAAAAAAAAUACAAAAAUCAGCUGGGUAUGGUGGUGUACACCUGUAGUCCCAGCUCCAUGAGAGUGAGACCCUGUUUCCUUAAAAAAAAAAAAAAAGAAAGAAAGAAAGAAAAAAGGAAAGGAAAAGAAAAGAGAAAAGAAAAGGUUCUGUAAUUAGAUGGUGAUGGUUGUAUAACCUUGUGAAUAUUUGAACUGCACACUUUAGGCUGGGCGCAGUGUCUCACGCCUGUAAUCCCAGUACUUUGGGAAGCUAAGGUGGAAAGGCUGAAGCUGGGAGUUUGAGAGCAGCCUAGACAACAAAGUGAGACAUUGUCUCUACCAAAAAAAAAAAAAAUUAGCCAGGUGUGGUGGCGUGUGCCCUUAGUUCCAGCUACUCGUGGGGCUGAGGUGGAAGGAUCACCUGAGCCUGGGAGGAUGAAGGUGCAGUGAGCUGUGAUCACACUAUUACACUCCAGCCUGGGCAACAGAAUGAGACUCUGUCUCCAAAAACAAAACACGCACACUUUAUAUAGGCGAAUUUUAUGAUGUAUUAAGUAUUUCAACAUUUUAAACAAAGUUAAAGCAAACGCCUACCAUAUGCCCCAACCAUUCCCCUCCGAAACAGCUACCUACCCAAGGGAAAUGAAAACACAGAUCUAGACAGAGAUUUGUGCACCAGUGUUCACAGCAGCUUUUGUUGUAACAGCAAGAAACGCAAAUCAACCCAAAUGUCCAUCAACAGAAAAGCUAAUCACAAACUGUGAUAUAGCUAUACAAUGAAAUACCACUGAGCUACAAAAAGGAAUGAACUAUAGGUACAUACAGCACAAAUAAAAUCAUAAUGUUGAAUGAGGCCAGAUACUCCCCCCCCAAAUAAAUACACAGUAUACUUAAAGUAUAUAUACAGAUCCCAUUUAUACAAAAUACCAGAAAAUGCAAACUAGAAAGCAGAUCAGUGGUUACCUGGAGAGGGGGAAGGAAGGGCGAAUUACAAAGAAAUACUGGGAUACUUCAGGGUAAUGGAUUUGUUCAUUCUCUUGACUAUGGUGAUGGUUUCACACAAUACAUACCAUCUGUGAAUGGUAUGUAUUCAUAAUACAUAUGUCAAAACUCAAAGUGUAUAGUUUCAACAUGUAUGGCAAUUAUAUUCCAAUGAAGCUGUUCUUUUAAAAAAAAAAAAAAAAAGUUAUAGUCAGAGGCCAGGAGGCUGCAGAUAUCUGAGGGGAUGACAUGGAAGAAGCAGCCACUCUGCAUUGCCUCAUUUCUCACUGCAUUCACGAUUGCUGAAUCUGGAUUCCAGCUUCAGCUUUUCUUAAUUCUCUGCUGCAAACAUCUGCCUUGUGUUGUGUUAGCACCUAAAGUCACAUUAGACAGAAACUUUCCGCUCACCCCAUCUGUCCUUCCCAAGAGGAACACUUACUCUUGUUCUCAUAUCCAAAACCACUUCCUAUGUCCCUUUACCCCAACCAUCACAUCUGGUUUAGCCCCAGCCAUACAAAUCUUUCCCUAACCUCUUUAUAUUUCCACAAUCCUAGCUGCAUCAUUACUUCUUGACUCCUGAUUUAUUUCCUUACCCCAGGCUCCCUUCACUCUACUCCAGCCUGCUUUGCUACACACAGGAGCAGCUACUGAAAGCCAAAGCUCCUUGGGAUAAUUCCUCACACACUCCAAGAGCUUGGCUCCACAUCCCUUCCGAGGGUCCCACAGCCCAGGUCUGUGUGUUUGCUUGCUACAGCUGACUUCCUCCUCUAUCUUAAACCUGCCUUGCCACACUUUCCCAACCCCCAGAUCCUGGAAGGGGCAUCCCUUUUGUAUUCUGUGACUCAAACCCAGCAACUCCUCAGGAGACUAGUUGCAAACACCUGACUGAAGGGACAAUUCAGAGCAGAGGCUGAGCCACUCGGAUUUUAAGUCAAAUUGAAUGCCAAUGCGCAGCAGGGUGAGGCAGCAUCAGGCACUAGAUAUGAAGGCUGCAGCGAGAUGGUAUCAGGGCAAAUCAGACCCCAGUGAUGGUCAAAAGAAAGAAGAAUCCACUUCAUACCAACUAGGACCACUAGAAUAAAAAAAAAAAAACAGACAACGAGUUUUGACGAGCAUGUGGAGAAAGUAGAACUCUUCUACACCGCUGGUGGGAAUGUAAAGUGGUGCAGCCAUUUUGGAAAACAGUCUGGCAGUUCCUCAAAGAGUUAAACAUAUGACCCAGGCCAAGCACGAUGGCUCAUGCCUGUUAAUCCCAGCACUUUAGGAGACUGAGGUGGGUGGAUUGUUUGAGUCCAGGAGUUCAAAACCAGCCUGGGUAACAUGGUGAAACGCCAUCUCUAUAAAAAAUAAAGAAAAAAAAAACAAACACACAUGACCAUUCCUAUGGGAUCUGCUCUGCCAUCUCUACAAAAAAUAAAGAAAUAAACCAACCAACCAAAAUGUAUGACCAUUCCUAUGGGAUCUGCUCUGCCACUGUAGACAGUGAUCUUUGGUUCAGGAGCUGCUUUCUCUUCCCCCAAGAAAAUCAUGGUUGACUUUUGAUUUUUAUUUUCAAACCUUCUUGGUAGUUGAUUUUAAAAUCAUGAUCCCAGAAAAGAACUCUACAAUAAAUUUAGUCCAAUUUUAUGCCUUCUGCCCUAGUGAAAGACCUGUCUUCUGUUUCCCAUGACAGUGGUUACUCAGGCCUUCUUGGGUGUCCUAAUUUAUUGUUGAAUAACUGUUAUUUACUUGGUUUCACUGUUUGAAACUUACUGGUUAAACAACUGGUUCAGAUUCUGUCCUCUGGAGAGAUGCAAUUUUGCAAACAUACUGAUUUUAUAUAUUGAGGGUGCCAUGUUUGAGUCUCUGCAUUCAGUGGAGCAUAUCAGAGUUCAUGUUAAUUUUUACACUGGUAUACAUCUAAGUAGAGGGGCUGCUCUGGUCUGAAUGUUAAUGUCCCUGCAAAAUUUGUAUGUUGGAGCCUAAGGCCCAAGAUGACAGUAUUAAGACGUGGGGCCUGGCUGGGCGUGGUGGCUCAUGCCUGUAAUCACAGCACUUUGGGAGGCUGAGGCGGGUGGAUCACUUGAGGUCAGGAGUUCAAGACCAGCCUGGCCAACAUGGUGAAACUCCGUCUCUACUAAAAAUACAAAAAUUAGCCCAAAGUGGUGGCACGCACCUGUAAUCCCAGCUACUCGGGAGGCUGAGGUAGGAGAAUCACUUGAACCUGGGAGGCGGAGGUUGCAGUGAGCCGAGAUUGCGCCCUCGUACUCCAACCUGGGCGACAAGAGAGAAACUCCAUCUCAGGGAAAAAAAAAAAAAAAAGUAGGGAUAGAGCCUUUGAGGGGAGUGAGUAAGUCAGGAAGGGCAGGGACUCUGUGAAUGGGACUAGGGCCCUUAGGAAAGUGGCUGCAGGGAGCCACCUCGUCCCUUCCACCAUGUGAGGACAUAUAAAAGACACCAUCCAGAAGUGUGACCCUCACUAGACAGUGAAUCUAUUGGAGCCCUGAUACUGGACUUCCUCAGCCUCCAAACUGUGGGCAAUAAACUUCUGUUGUUUACAAAUUAUCCAGUCUAAGAUAUCUUGUGACAAUAGCCCAAAGGAACUAAGACAAAGAGGUUAACUGAAGAUUUAAGGGAUUUCUUCAGUUUAGGAGGUGUUUAAUUGUAUUACUUGAGUUGAAUUAGCAAGAGUAAUGGUAACUUGAUUUAGUAAGAGUAUGGGUAAGUGUGAGAAGCAGGGAUAGUGAGGAAGGACAGGAAGGUCACUCGACUUAAACACAGUAUCGCUAGCAGAGGAGAGGUAGAAAAGGCGAGGGUACUGGACAGGCACUGAUUUUGGAACAGUGAGAAAGUUGUGAGUAGCAGAGACAUUCUUCGCCGAGAGUCGAGAGUCGUCGGGGUUUCCUGCUUCAACAGUGCUUGGACAGAACCCGGCGUUCGUCCCCUACCCUGGCCGGCCGCCAGUAGCCAGCCCUCUGUCCCCUCUUUACCGCACCCUGGGACCGCCCCAAGGCCCCCGCCGCCGCUCCAGCGCCGCGCAGCCACCGCCGCCGCCUCUCCUUAGUCGCCGCCAUGACGACCGCAUCCACCUCGCAGGUGCACCAGAAGUACCACCAGGACUCAGAGGCCGCCAUCAAUGGCCAGAUUAACCUGGAGCUCUACGCCUCCUACCUCUACCUGUCCAUGUCUUACAACUUUGACCACGAUGAUGUGGCUUUGAGGAACUUUGCCACAUACUUUCUUCACCAAUCUCAUGAGGAGAGGGAACAUGCCGAGAAACUGAUGAAGCUGCAAAACCAUCGAGGUGGCCGAAUCUUCCUUCAGGAUAUCAAGAAACCAGUCUGUUAUGACUGGGAGAGCGGGCUGAAUGCGAUGGAGUGUGCAUUACAUUUGGAAAAAAAUGUGUAUCAGUCACUAUUGGAACUGCACAAACUGGCCGCUGACAAAAAUGACCCCCAUUUGUGUGACUUCAUUGAGACACAUUACCUGAAUAAGCAGGUGAAAGCCAUCAAAGAAUUGGGUGACCACGUGACCAACUUGCGCAAGAUGGGAGCACCUGAAUCUGGCUUGGCAGAAUAUCUCUUUAACAAGUACACCCUGGGAGACAGUGAUAAUGAAAACUAAGCCCCAGGCUAAUUUCCCCAUAGCCGUGGGGUGACUUCCCUGGUCACUAAGGCAGUGCAUGCAUGUUGGGGUUUCCUUUACCUUUUCUAUAAGUUGUGCCAAAACAUCCACUUAAGUUCUUUGAUUUGUACCAUUCCUUCAAAUAAAGAAAUUUGGUACCCAAAAAAAAAAAAAAAAAAAAAAAAAGAAA